AGGAAUACCUCCCGAUCAACAAAGAUUGAUCUUUGCUGGUAAACAAUUGGAAGACGGCCGGACUUUAUCUGACUAUAACAUUCAGAAGGAAAGUACUAUUCACUUAGUACUACGCUUACGAGGAGGAACUAUUACUGAUACUGAUAGAGUAUUUGUGACUGAAAAAAGAACUCGUUUACUUAUUUGCCGUGGUUGCUACUCUCGUAAUAACAUUAGGGCUACUCACUGCCGCAAAGACUCUUGUGGACACUCGACUAACCUUAGGGCUAAGAAGAAGUUUAAGAAGACCAAGUAA